AUGCCAAGCCAUGUCAUCCGGGUAAAUUCCCAGCAAGCGCCACCCCUCCAUGCGGGUGCAGUCGGGACGAGUUAUCGCGAUAAAAGACUGGCGUGGCCUUCUUUGCGGAGCCUGGCCGAGAAUGGGCGGCUGGGCAGCGGCAGUGGCAAUAAUCGAGCCGCCAUUCCACAAAUAACGACGGUGAUGUCAUCUCGAUCAUCAACGGUCUUGGGGCAAGUUAGAUCUUGUGGGUUGGGUUACGGUGUGUUCGAACCUGACCCUCACAAUAACCAGGUUAUAUGCGGAGGUGCAGUCACUCAGCCAUCAACAUCACUGCAUAUAACCUGA